UUGCCGUGGGGACCGCGGGCCCCUCCCUCCUCCGUCCCCGCCCCACGCCGUUCCCCACGGAGACGCGGCGGAAGACCCCGGCCCUCCCCUCCCGCCGCCCUGGCCGGAGCUGCAGCCGUAACCCGCGAGAGGCGGUGGCGCUCCCAAGAUGUCGCAGACGGCCAUGUCCGAGACCUACGACUUUUUGUUUAAGUUCUUGGUUAUUGGAAACGCAGGAACCGGCAAGUCUUGCUUACUUCAUCAGUUUAUUGAGAAGAAAUUCAAAGAUGACUCAAAUCAUACAAUAGGAGUGGAAUUUGGUUCAAAGAUAAUAAACGUUGGUGGGAAAUAUGUAAAGCUGCAGAUAUGGGAUACAGCAGGCCAAGAACGAUUCAGGUCUGUGACCAGAAGUUACUACAGAGGCGCCGCAGGGGCUCUCCUCGUCUACGACAUCACCAGCCGAGAAACCUACAAUGCGCUUACUAAUUGGUUAACAGAUGCCAGAAUGCUAGCCAGCCAGAACAUCGUCAUCAUCCUCUGCGGGAACAAGAAGGACCUGGACGCAGAGCGUGAGGUCACUUUCCUAGAAGCCUCCAGAUUUGCUCAAGAAAAUGAGCUGAUGUUUCUGGAAACGAGCGCGCUGACGGGGGAGAACGUAGAGGAGGCCUUUGUACAGUGUGCAAGAAAAAUACUCAACAAAAUUGAGUCAGGCGAGCUGGACCCAGAGAGAAUGGGCUCGGGCAUUCAGUACGGAGACGCGGCCCUGCGGCAGCUGCGGUCGCCGCGCCGCGCACAGGCCCCGAGCGCUCAGGAGUGCGGCUGUUAGAGCGGCGUGGGAGGCACAGGUGUUCACACAGUGGUAUUUGGGACCCAAUUGCUGGAGCUUGAAGAAGACUUUUUUACCAUCACCUUUUUCUACUUGAUGCAGAAGUAGAUCUUUGUCCGGGGGGGGGAUGAUUUGGGUGUUACGUAAGCUAGUAAAUGUGGCACAGCUAACCACGUGGUAAAACGAAUUCAAUGGACGAUACCAUUAGAUGUGCACAUGUGUGUAAAAAUGUCCCGUUCCAUAGUUUUCCUUUCACCUUCAGUUUAAACGCUGGCUACAUACUGUAUAUACUCUAGCCCACUACAUCUCUACAGCAUGGUGUCUGAUGUAUGAUAUCACAGAAGGUUACACUAAAUGCAGUCGAAUAUUUUAUUUUUCUUAAUCAUCUGAGCUGACCGGUUGCCCGUGAGGCGUGCUUUGGCCAGCGUGUCGGUCCCGCGGCACAGCUGGCCGGCCGUGUCUAGGGCCUGGUGGUCAAACUCCGGCGUCGACGGCCACCGCGGCGCUCAUUCAGUUCCGUGUCUCACGGUCCGCCAGGUGUUUACGUGACCCACGCUGGAAAACUAGAUCGGUCGUUACUCACAUACCAAAAUAAAGUCAAAAGCGGAGUUUCUCUAUGAACCCGACACUGUCCAGCACUCUGUUGAUGUCCACGCGUCUUCGUCGAGAUCAGUUCAGGAAGUGCAGCCUGACACCUGCUGUUCCAGGCACUGUGAUCCGCACUGAGGAUUCGGUACCUUGCGCCACACUUACCCGGCAGCUGAUUCUGCUCUUCCCUGUCGGUGCGCGUGAUGGAUCCUGGGUCCUGGGCUGCGCAUCUGAUCCGGGUUGCUGAUCUGUCUGGUCUCCCUGCGAGAAAACACUUGGUUUGCUACUGUGCUUUUCCUGGGAUUUGGUAUUAUAGCAUCACUGCCUCUUUUUUAAGCCUUUUAUUGUUUUGUGUUCCUUUUUGGGAAACCCACUAAAUCAAGCUAAUAUUAAAGGGAUGCCACUAAGAAAUUCCUGUAUAGCUUUUGCUGAAUACGUAAAUGCCUUAGUACAGUUAUUGAGUCAACAUGUUUUUAAUUCAUGUGAGGUUUAUUGAAGUAUAAUAUGUACUGCAAAGACUUGUUCUAAUAUUUUAAAAUGUCAAUGCAAAAAAAUAUAUAAUACCACUUUUCUUUAAAGUUGAAAUACAGCGUUAUUUAAGGCUGAAAAGUUAGAAAGUAUUCUUCACCCUACGUGUGUUCUUCCACUUGACUUUUUAGCUACAGGCAGAUUGGUAAGUUUCACUUUCCCAUCAACAGAGCACAGCGGCACUACCAACGCUGGGAAGGGACUUGGAUAAAAAUAUCAGUAUGUAUCUGUUCUAGAUAUUUUAAUUCUGCUUUUAAAAAGCCUUGAGUAUUUUACUUUGAAAAGUUAGAGUAUGAAGCAAAUUCUCAGACGGAACCACUUCUUGAACCUCGCUGGAAGAAUGUUUCAUUCAGUGUCUCAUUUCUGAUAGUUUUGCAAGCUGCUCUUUUUGGAACAGCGUCCUGCAUGGGCUAAGAGCAUGUCCAUUCCACCACAUCAGUUCACUCAAAAGCAGAAAUUUUUUAAAUAAGAUCAAUGUUACGUUGAUUUAUAAAUGAACCUGUUACUUAAACCAUAGGUACUGCAUAUAAAUUCCACAUCUUUUGACCAAUAAAAGUUGCUGGAGAACCAAACCACGGUGGUUCUUAAUGAAAGCCUUCUGGA